CCCCGCCCCCCCCCCGGCGGCCCUGGAGAGGAACAGCAGCCAGGCCGGGAGGGGAAGGACCCAGCGCUGCCAGGACGAGUGACCUCGCAGCCGCAGCCUGGCCGUGACAGCCAAGAGGGUCGUGCCUGGGCCCCGCUGACCCCAGCUACCAGCCCAGAACCAUGUCAUCAGGCCCGCAGGUGUGGCACAUGGCCCUGCCGCCUGCUGGCAGGAGCAGCCCCACCGCCACAGUGCCCAGGUCCCGCGGCUCGGCCGGCAGCCCCAGGUCCCCUGGCAGCCCUGGAUCAGAGAAGACGGCCUCCCCGCUGGAAUGCUCCAUCUGCUUCUCGGGCUACGACAACAUCUUCAGGACACCCAAGGAGCUCUCCUGCACCCACGUCUUCUGCCUGGAGUGCCUUGCGCGGAUGGCAGCCGCCCAGCCCGCAGGCCAGCCGGGUAGCGAGGUCGUGCCCUGCCCGUUCUGCCGGCGGCCCACAGCCGUGCCCAUUGCCGGGGCCCCCGCGCUGCACACCAGCCGCCAGCUGCAGGCUCGGAUGCCAGCACACCUGCGGCGGGAGGAGCCCGUGUGGCUGGAGGGCACCAAGCUGUGCUGCCGCCCGCCACCCUCUGUGCCUGGCCCUGCGGCGCCCGGCUUUGUGUACGUGGACGUGAGCCCGAGCAAGCCUGCCACGCCCGCAGCACCCGUGCCCACCCCAGGCCCUGCCCGCCGUCCGGGCUGCCUGGCCCGCUGCUGGGCCCGCCGCAGGGACUGGAGGCGCGCGGCACUCAUCGCCGUGCUGCUGCUCGCACUCUUCUGCGUGGUGCUCUGGCCCGUGCAGUGCGCGCUCAGGACCGGGAGCCUGCACUGCCUCCCCCGGCCACCCCCUGCCACCGCCCCCGCCGCCGCCACCUUCUCGCUCGGGUCCCUGGCUGACAACUAGGGUUACCGCCCCCACCCCUGGGAUCCCAGAGGAGCCCCCUGGGAUCUCUGAGGAACCCACACCCGGUUCGGCACACCUGCCCCCGCUCUCUGGGGCUGGCUCCUGUCGGGUGGACAAAAUGGUCCCCCGAGCUCCCAGAGAUCCCAGAUCCCUGUGGGCCCCAGAGGCCGCCCCCCUAACUUCCAUCUUGCAGAUGGGAAGACCGAGGUCCAGGAGAGAGCUUGGCGAGGCCCCUUCCCCAUACACACUGUGAAUCGCACGCAAGACCAGCCCCUUGCUGAAAAGGGAGCGGGCUCGCCAUCUUUCUUUUAUUUUCACAUUUCGCCCACGGCUCCUCCCUUCCCCAGGCAGGGCUGGCCCCUUCCCUCGGGUGGCCAGGGGGACAGAGGGCAGUGGCGGGGAGCCCAGCCCACCCUCCUGAACUGUACAUUUUUAAAUAAACUAUUUUGUACUCGCAA